UUGAAAUGUAACCUGUCUUCCAGCCAUUUUGAAAAUCUCGCGUUUAUGUUCCCACAUUGCAGCAUCUUUCGCGCGGUAGCUGCUUGAUUACAUCUAAAAACCAAACAACCCCAGAAGUUUUCGUGUUUCAUCAGUGAUUCAUUUCAGGAUGAAUGUUAUUGAUCAUGUGCGGGACAUGGCGGCUGCGGGCCUUCAUUCCAACGUGCGGCUGAUGAGCAGCCUGCUGCUGACUAUGAGCACCAACAACCCGGAGCUCUUCUCUCCAGCACAGAAGUAUCAGCUGUUGGUGUAUCACGCUGAUGCCAUAUUUCACGAUAAAGAGUACAGAAAUGCGGCCUGCAAGUACAACAUGGCCCUGCAGCAGAAAAAGGUGCUGAGUAAAACGUCUAAAGUGCGUCCAUCCAGCACAGGAGGCACGUCUUCAGUCCAAACCCAGAACUUGCCUUCGGAGAUUGAGGUGAAGUACAAGAUUGCAGAGUGUUACACCAUUUUGAAGCUGGACAAAGAUGCCAUCUCGGUUUUGGACGGGAUUCCCUCGAGGCAGAGGACUCCCAAGAUCAAUAUGAUGCUGGCGAAUCUGUACAGAAAGGCCGGACAGGAACGAUCAGCGGUCACGAGCUACAAGGAAGUCCUGAGGCAGUGUCCUCUCGCGCUGGAUGCUAUUAUUGGGCUGCUGUCUCUGUCUGUGAAAGGGGCGGAGGUGGCCUCCAUGACCAUGGAUGUGAUCCAGAGUAUCCCCAAUCUGGACUGGCUUUCUGUUUGGAUCAAAGCCUACGCCUUCAUCCAUGGUGGAGAUAAUCACAGAGCCAUCAAUACAAUCUGCUCCCUGGAGAAGAAGUCUCUCCUGAGGGAUAACGUGGAUCUGUUGGUGAGCCUCGCAGACGUGUACUUCCGAGCCGGAGACACCAAGAACGCCAUUCUGAAAUUUGAGCAGGCGCAGAUGCUCGACCCCUAUUUAAUCAAAGGCAUGGAUGUGUACGGCUACCUUAUGGCUCGUGAAGGACAUUUGGAGGAUGUGGAAGUUCUCGGUGGUCGACUGUUUAACAUCUCGGAUCAGCACGCGGAACCCUGGGUAAUAUCUGGGUGCCACAGCUUCUACAGUAAGCGCUAUUCUCGAGCACUGUAUCUGGGGGCCAAAGCCAUUCAGCUGAACAGUAACAGCGUGCAGGCUCUGCUUCUGAAAGGUGCCGCUCUGCGCAAUAUGGGCCGGGUGCAGGAAGCCAUCAUCCAUUUUAGGGAGGCCAUGAGGCUGGCACCGUGUCGUCUGGACUGCUACGAAGGACUGAUCGACUGUUACCUGGCGUCCAAUGGCAUCCGUGAGGCAAUGGGCAUGGCCAAUAACAUCUAUAAGACUCUCGGUGCCAACGCCCAGACCCUCACUAUUUUGGCCACGGUGUGUCUGGAGGACCCCAUGACCCAGGAGAAGGCCAAGACCCUGUUGGACAAAGCGCUCGCCCAGCGGCCAGACUACAUCAAAGCUGUAGUGAAGAAAGCAGAGCUCCUCAGUCGAGAACAGAAAUACGACGAAGGCAUAACACUUCUGCGAAGUACACUGGCCAAUCAGAGCGACUGCAUGCUGCACAGAAUGCUGGGUGAUUUUCUAGUCGCUGUUAACGAGUAUCAGGAGGCCAUGGACCAGUACAGCAUAGCGCUGAGUUUGGAUCCAAAUGACCAGAAAUCUCUAGAAGGCAUGCAGAAGAUGGAGAAAGAGGAGAGCCCUACAGACGCCACGGUGGAGAUCGACGGAGACGACAUGGAGGGCAGCGGAGAGGAAGGCGACCUCGAGGGCAGCGACAGCGAGGCAGCGCAGUGGGCCGACCAGGAGCAGUGGUUCGGUAUGCAGUGAGCGGCAGCACUGAUCUCGGAUCAGCCUCCUUCUGACUCGUAUCAUCGCUCAGCAGGAUUUCAAGAACACAAACUGAUCCUGGAUCAACACUUAACUCUGGUGGAGUUUGAGGCAUUCUGUAUAAGCCUUGCCUACAGAAAGUGUUGCAGCGCCUCCUGCAGGCUGGGAGCUGGUGUCUGCGCAGGCCUGAGCACAGAAAAGCCUGACGAAUCUGUGCGUAUACCGUUGCACCGUUCUGAAGAACAGCGCUGAUGCUUGGAAACACUUUAACCACUUUGGCACUGUGUAACAAAAGCAAUGCCUUUAUAUCAGGUUUGUCUUUUGCCUUUACACAGGUCUCGUGACUCUACACAAUUCUGCUCUGCAUCAGUGCUUCGAUUUUGAAUCUAAUGGUGAUGCUGCGUCUGUUUUGAGCAGCCUGGUCACUUUUUAUUUUUAUUUUUCUCUCUUCCAGUUUUGCCAUAGCAAGAUUUCUCACAAACCAUUUUCUAAUGAAACAUGAACUUAAUAGCUCAUUUGCUCUUAGGACCCAGCAGCAAAGCUUUAGUGUCAUCACAUGUGUCUCAGAUCAUUGAUUUCUCUUACUUCUCACGCGAAUAAUGAAAAUACAGCACAGACUAACAAACUAUCACCAGAAUUGCUGAACACAUCACUCAUAUUUCAAUAGAAACAUAUUUACUUUGGUUCUGGGUGGAUUUUACCUUGUGCUAAUUUAGUUUUUUUUUUUUUUUUUUUAAGAUGGCCUUGUGAACAGUCCCCCUCCCCCCCUUUUUUUCUUCUUCUUCCCGCAUAUAGUUCCUCAUCCAAGUUUUCCUGACGUCAUUAAGUAAAGAACCGUACAGAAGAACGAACCCUUUCAAAAGAAGAAAACUUUCGUUUCCCGUCGGCGUAUUGAUCAAGUUUAAUUCAUGUAGCCUGAAGUGCUCUUUGUGGUGUUAGGUAUUUUUUAUUCUAAUGUUUCUAACAAUAUUGUGGCAUUGUGAACUGUGAAUAAUACUAUUUUUCAAUGUUAACAAAUAAAUCAUGACAUAUUCUUUA